AUGGAGAAAGAAGAAAAGAAAUUUGUCAAUAAAGCAGAGGAAGAUGAAAUGGAGAUCUAUGGCUAUGAUCUGUGUCGCUGGAAGUUGGUGCUAGUUACUGUGGGAGUGAUCUGUUCUGGUGGCUUUCUUCUCCUUCUCCUCUACUGGAUGCCUCAGUGGCGUGUGAAAGCAACAUGCAAAAGGACUACGCUUAAAGACUGUGAAGUGGUUCUGCUGAGAACAACUGAUGAAUUCAAGAUAUGGUUUUGUGCAAAGGUUCGCAUUAUGCCUUCUUUGGGAGCCAAUCCUUUACAGAAUCCUAACCCUAUUGUACACAAGGUUUCAAAUGGCCAUGCUGUUCAUUUCUGUGAAUCUGCUGCAGAAGAAAAUAAAAAUGAUUUGAAAAAAUAUUUUCAGUCAGAAGAAAGGUAUUUAGUGAUGCUGGUUUAAUAUCUAUGUGUGUUGCCCUUGCAGAUUCGUUAUUUCACACAUCACAGCGUGAAGUAUUUCUGGAAUGAUUCAGUUCAAAGUUUCGAUGUUGUACGAGGUCUAGAUGAGUCUACAUUCUGUUCUUCAAUUCAUAACGAACACAGCAUGGGACUGACAAAGGGAAUGCAUGAUUACAGAAAAGCAUUCUAUGGAGUAAAUGAAAUUGCUGUGAAAGUGCCUUCCAUUUUUAAGCUUCUGAUUAAGGAGGUUCUCAACCCUUUUUACAUUUUUCAGUUGUUCAGUGUGAUAUUGUGGAUCACUGAUGAAUAUCACUACUAUGCAUUAGCAAUUGUGAUCAUGUCUGUAAUAUCCAUUGUUAGCUCACUCUACACCAUUAGAAAGCAAUAUGUUAUGUUACAUGACAUGGUAGCAGCUCACAGCAUUGUCAGGGUUUCUGUCUGCAGAGGAAACCAAGAAAUAGAAGAAAUCCUUUCCACCGACCUCGUGCCUGGAGAUAUCAUGCUGAUUCCAUCUAAUGGGACAAUUAUGCCCUGUGAUGCAGUACUUCUCAGUGGUACUUGCAUUGUAAAUGAAAGUAUGUUAACAGGUGAAAGUGUUCCUGUCACAAAGAUUAAUCUACCAAACCCUUCAGAACAUCCAAAAGCAAUGGGAGAUGAAAUAUACAGCCCAGAAGUGCAUAAACGACAUACUUUGUUCUGUGGAACCAAUGUCAUUCAAACCCGUUUUUAUACUGGAGAAUUGGUCAAAGCUCUAGUAGUGAGAACAGGCUUUAGUACUGCUAAAGGACAGCUUGUUCGUUCCAUACUGUAUCCAAAGCCAACUGAUUUUAAACUCUACAGAGAUGCCUAUUUGUUUCUCCUGUCUCUGGUAGUGGUGGCAGGCAUUGGGUUUCUUUACACGGUUGUCAAUAGCAUCUUAAACGAGGUUCCAGCUCAUACCAUCAUCAUAGAGUCUCUUGACAUUAUCACUAUCACGGUGCCUCCAGCACUCCCUGCUGCCAUGACUGCUGGCAUUGUUUAUGCACAAAGAAGGCUGAAAAAACUUGGCAUUUUCUGCAUCAGCCCACAAAGGAUAAAUAUUUGUGGCCAGCUGAAUCUUGUCUGUUUUGAUAAGACUGGCACACUUACUGAGGAUGGCUUGGAUCUUUGGGGAAUUCAACGGGUGGAAAAUGCUCGUUUCCUUUUGCCGGAAGAGAGGGCUUGCAGUGAGAGCUUGCUGAAGUCUGAGUUUGUUGCUUGCAUGGCAACUUGUCACUCCCUUACAAAGAUUGAAGGGGUGCUUUCUGGGGAUCCGCUUGAUUUGAAGAUGUUUGAAGCAAUAGGAUGGAUUUUAGAAGAAGCAACUGAAGAGGAAACAGCCCUUCAUAAUCGAAUCAUGCCAACAGUGGUUCGACCUUCAAAACAACUUUUCACAGAAUGCAAGCAAGCAACAAAUCAAGAAAUGGAAUUGUUUGAGCUAUCGACCGGUUACGAGAUUGGAAUUGUGCGCCAGUUUCCAUUUUCUUCAGUUUUGCAACGUAUGUGUGUAAUAGCGAGAGUUCUAGGGGAGAAGAGGAUGGAUGCUUACAUGAAAGGUGCCCCUGAAGUGAUUGCCAGCUUGUGUAAGCAGGAAACAGUUCCUGUUGACUUUGAGUGUGUCCUGGAAGAAUACACUAAGCAGGGCUUCCGAGUUAUUGCUCUUGCUCACAGAAAAUUGGAGUCUAAGCUUACAUGGCACAAAGUCCAGACUAUUAAUAGAGAUGCUAUUGAAAGCAACAUGGAUUUUAUGGGGUUAAUUAUAAUGCAAAACAAGCUAAAGCAAGAAACCCCUGCUGUACUUGAAGAUUUGCAUAAAGCCAACAUUCGCACUGUCAUGGUUACAGGGGAUAACAUGUUAACUGCUAUCUCUGUGGCCAGAGACUGUGGAAUGAUUCUACCUCAGGAUAAGGUCAUUAUUGCUGAAGCACUACCUCCAAAGGAUGGGCAGGCUGCCAGGAUCAACUGGCAUUAUGCAGAUACCCUUGCAAAAUGCACUAGUUCUUCACCAGCCAUAAACUCAGAGGAUAUUCCAGUUAAAUUGGUUCAUGAAAGCCUCGAGGAUCUCCAGAUGACCAAAUACCAUUUUGCAAUGAAUGGAAAGUCAUUUGCAGUGAUUUUGGAGCAUUUUCAGGACCUGGUACCCAAGCUUGUGUUACAUGGCACUGUGUUUGCUCGCAUGGCGCCUGAUCAGAAAACUCAGUUGGUGGAAGCUUUACAGAAUGUAGAUUACUAUGUGGGCAUGUGUGGAGAUGGAGCAAAUGACUGUGGCGCACUAAAAAGGGCACAUGGUGGUAUAUCUUUGUCUGAACUUGAGGCUUCUGUGGCGUCACCAUUCACUUCCAGGACACCCAGUAUUUCCUGCGUGCCAAAGCUCAUCAGGGAAGGCCGUGCUGCUUUAAUAACUUCCUUCUGUGUAUUUAAGUUCAUGGCGUUAUACAGCAUUAUCCAGUACAUCAGUGUUACUCUGCUAUAUUCUAUCCUGAGCAAUUUGGGAGAUUUCCAGUUUCUCUUCAUUGAUUUGGCAAUCAUUUUGGUGGUUGUCUUCACUAUGAGUCUGAACCCUGCUUGGAAGGAGCUUGUUGCACGAAGGCCUCCAUCAGGUCUUAUCUCAGGUCCACUUCUGUGUUCUGUUUUGUCUCAGAUCAUCAUCUGCCUUGCUUUCCAAAUCUUUGGGUUUUUUUGGGUCAAACAGCAGUCGUGGUAUGAGCCUUGGACAACGGAAUCUGAUGCAUGUAAUGUGUUGGAUGCCACAAAUGCCAGCUCUGCACACCACGGGAAUGAGACUCUUCGUGAUGAGGAGACUCUUCAUGAUGAACAUUACAUUAAAAAUUAUGAAAACACAACUUUGUUUUUUAUAUCCAGCUUUCAGUACCUCAUAGUGGCAAUUGUCUUUUCUAAAGGAAAGCCCUUUAGACAACCAUGCUACAAAAAUUUUUUGUUUGUCAUAUCUGUGAUAGUUCUUUAUGUCUUCAUAUUUUUCAUCAUGUUGCAUCCUGUUGAAUCUAUUGACACAUUUCUUGAGCUCGUCUGUGUGCCGUAUGAGUGGCGCCUAAGAAUUCUCAUCAUUGUUAUUCUCAAUGCAAUUGUGUCCGUGCUGAUGGAGGAGGCUGUGGAUCGCUGUGGAGUCUGCUUCCUUUCUUCCCUGUUUGGUUGUAGAGAGAAGACACCAAAAGCCAAGUAUAUGCAUCUAGCUCAGGAACUGCUGGUUGAUCCAGAAUGGCCACCAAAACCCAGAACAACAACAGAAGCUAAAGUACCAUCCCAAGAAAAUGGUUCAUAUCAAAUCAUCACUGUAACGUAA